ACACACGAAAAAGAAAUUCCUUGCGAGCCGCACGCGAUAUUGUCCGCCUGGUAAGCUUUAAUAGAUUUUCUCAGCAAAAUGGACAAAGAAGUCGCCGUAUUGCAACGCAAGCUGGAGGCGGAGUUGAAGAAUUUCAAGGAUUCGCAAAAAGAAUUCAACAAACUCGUGCAAACCCAGCAGCAACUCGAUGGACAGUUCUUUGAAAACAAGAGUAUUUUGGAAGAGCUUCAAAUGCUGAAGCCAGCCAACACGGUGUACAAAUUGUAUGGUCCGGUGCUGGUCAAGCAAGACCUCGAGGAAAGCAAGCAGAACGUGGGGAAGCGCAUUGAGUAUAUCACGAAGGAGCUGAAGCGGUGUGCGGAAAACAUCAACCAGUUGGAACAGAAACAGGACAAAUAUCGUGCAAACUUACAAAAGCUGCAGCAACAGUAUCAAAGCCAAAUGGCAUUGGCUAAGCAGUAAAACACCUCGGUGGACUCAUUCGGAAGUGCAAACAUCCAUCACCAGCAGCAGUAACCAUGCAAUCAUUUCCCGAUGAAUAAAAUGGCAAACAUCUAACCAAAGGUGCAUCGUGUAGUGUUGUUAU